CCCAAACCCGCCUGGAUUCCCUCCCUCCAGGAUCCAGCAGCACCACAUACAACCGCUCACCAUGCCGCUCCUCGUCUCGUCCCUGGCCCUCCGCACGCUCCGGACCCUAGUCCAGCGUCCCUCCGGCCUCCUCCCCGCUCUCAAAACCGCCUCCGCGACAGCUACACCUCCUCCGGCGCGCUUCCAGCCGGUCUUCCGCCCCGUUGCCAGCACGCCAAACGGCUCCGUCAGCCUCGCCAUCCGGCAAUUCUCCUCGUCGCCGUUCCGCCAGGCGACAUACAACCAGGUGCGUCGGGGCUGUCGGACUGCGCAGGCGGCGCGGCGCUCGCGGUCGCCGGCCCUGGUUGGUCGGUCCCAGAUGAAGGGCGUUUGUGUGAAGACGGGUAUCACGAAGCCCAAGAAGCCGAAUUCCGGGGAGAGGAAGACUGCGAGAGUUCGGUUGAGUAGUGGGAAGGUGGUUACGGCUUAUAUUCCUGGUCAGGGUCACAAUAUCCAGCAGCACAGUGUGGUCAUGGUUCGCGGUGGGCGUCUUCCCGAUUGUCCUGGUGUGAAGUACCACUUGGUUCGGGGUGCUAUGGAUCUGGGUGGUGUUGCCAAUCGCCUAACGAGUCGUUCGAAGUACGGCACGAAGAAGCCGAAGAAGGACUAGAUUUGAGUGCAGUGUGAUAUGGGCUGCGGGUGUUAAAUUUUGUGAUUUAUCUGUAUCGAUAUCGAGUACCUGGUUUUUUUUUUAAGACGGAUCUUAUCGUUGUUAUCAUUAGAAAAUGGCUAUGUACAUUUAUGAGGCAAUCCGUGCUGCAGCA